GUGUACUUUAUAUAACAAAAUGGCAGCUAAGUUGGUAGUACUUCUGUGCGCUUUGGCGACCGCUCGCGCCGGCGGACUUUACGGAGCAUCAUAUGCUGCACCUAUUGCAUCAUACGCGGCAGCCCCAGUCAUCAAAAGCUACGCCGCCCCAGCGUAUGCUGCAUACUCUGCGCCAGCCUACUCAGCAUACUCUGCACCAGCCUACUCAGCAUACUCUGCACCAGCCUACUCAGCAUAUGCCGCACCAGCUUACUCGGCAUAUGCUCCAGCUUCUUAUUCAACCUACGCUGCGUCUCCCGUCUACAAGAGCUACUCCGCCCCUGCCGUCGCCGUCUCAGCACCCAUCGUUAAGGCCGUUGCACCCGCAGUAUCCUCCGUUUCAUCCUACUCUACCCAGACAUCGCAUGGUGCUCCUCUCCUCACCAAAACUAUCGCUCCUGUAGCGACUUACGCCGCUGCCGCACCUGUUGCAGCUUAUGCUGCGCAUGCUGCACCACUCGCAACUUAUGCCGCACACGCAGCCCCUGUUGCUUACUCCGCCCCUUACACAACCUAUGCCCAUGCCGCUCCUUUGGUGACUAAGACAUACGCUGCCCCUGUAGCCAGUUACGCUCAUGCAGCUCCUCUUACCUACGCUGCCGCCCCCGUCCUUAAAUCAGCCAUCUCCUACUCAGCCGCCCCCGCUGUUUCCCACGUGUCCUACAGCGGCCUUUCAGGUCACUACGGCUGGUGAUCAUGAAGUUACCUAAUCUGUACAAAAAUAGUUAUUUAUAUUUUUUUACAAUGCGAAUAAAUUCUGUGAAAACUUAA